AUGCUAUAUAUCCACAUUUUUCACACCAGUGCACAAGACUGGAAUGCUGCAGGCAUAGAUCCAAUGGCCUCAAAGCGGGAGCAAGAGCAGGAAAGAAAAAGAGUCAAAAACCUUCAGGAACGGCUUAAGCGACGAAAAGACCGUCUUACGCAGGGCCUUCACGACUAUGCUCUCUUGGCCGACGCCAAAGUAUAUAUGCUCAUCCAGGACCGCCGUGGUGGCAUAACCGAGUACAGAAGCACUCCGGACAGAAAAUUUCCGCCGACGUAUGCACAGAUUAGGCGACUCUUCCCAUCGGCCAGCCUCUUGACGCCCGAGAGCUUCGGAGUCGCUGUCAGUCAGUCAGCGAAGGCUGAUCGGUCCAGCAAGCCUACUGAGCACUUUUCGGAUCCGACAGUGGAGAUGUUCGCAGACGACCGAGCGGUGAUUGGAGAGCCCUCCGAUCCGAGCAAUAACCUGGCUCAUGUCUUGCCGGAUCAAACUCUACAAAUGGGACCCGCAUCGAUGCCAUUGCUCCCGGAGACCGACAUGCAGUCCUACUUCAAUUAUACAGAAUGCGGAGCACUGCCCCAAUGA